AUGGGUCAAGAAAAUGAUGAUUCUGUUGCUAAAGGGGACGACGGACGUAUUGAAUUCUUCAAUACAAUCGUUCUGCAACCGCACCUUAAACUUAUCACCGACUUAGGUCGUGGUUAUCACGUGCGUUGUGCGUAUAAAAGUCGUGAUGCUGCAACACGAAAACAACACAAACCCAGUUCCAAGCAAGUAAAGCAUGCACAGAAACCCCAAGCAUUCCAUAGCGCUGAUAGUGAAGUAACCGAUAGGCGCGACUAUGGACGUUCAUUGGAUAAAUAUCGUGCAACUGGUGAUGAACUAGAUGAAGAUGAUGUCUUCGAUGAUGAAUCCACUGCUAAUGCAGAAGCGAAUGAGGAAUUAAAUGAAAUUCCUAUGCCAGGUUGUCAUAUGAAAAUUUAUAAUGCAGAACAUAAAAUUGCCGAUGAUGUCAAGAUAGGAGAUCCAUUAACGAUGGUUGUAAGCAUUGAUAAGCAAGAUGUGUAUGGCUUACACGUAACCGAUUGUACUGUACGUGAUGGUUUGGGUUGGGGUGAACAACGACUUUUGGGUGAAGAUGGUUGUCCAAUGGAUAAUGAAAUAAUGGGACAAUUCAAUUACACUACUGAUCGCAUGGCAGCGAAUGUUACAUUCCCAGCACAUAAAUUCCCGUACACCACGUCUGUCUACUAUCAAUGCAAUGUGAGGUUGUGUGCCUUGCAGGAUCCCGAAUGUAAAGUGGCUCCUACUUGCAGUGGCAAACGACCAAAACGACAAACUAACGCCGAUAACAAAGACGAAGAACAAGCAAUCAUUAAAGUGGAUACUGGUCUUUAUGUGAAUGAAAAUGUUGAUGUAACAGAAGAUGAUGAAGAUUCAGUCUUCAAAGAAAAAACACUUGAUGACGCUUUGUGCGUAUCGCAACGUACAUUCGCCAUUGCCAUAGCAAUUGCCGGUCUCAUUCUAAUGUUGGCCGUCGUUGCCGCUGUCUUGUGCAUAAUGGCCAGAAGAAGCACUAAGACGGUAUCCAAUUCGGGCAGCUCCAUUUACAGUGGACCAUAUACAAAUACGGCUUUCUCGCAUAGCAGUUAAGUAGCUCAUAAGUAUUGCCAUUGCUACAAAGCAGUACAUAUACUUAUUAACUUAUUCGGUCUAUACUAUUAAAAUUUAUUUAAAUUUGUGUAUGAACACUUAAAGUGUUUUAAAUUCUAAUAUUUAUAAAAUUUGUAAAAAAAGAGGAAAAUUCAAAAUUUUGUGCCUACAGUUAAAAAAAGGAUUCCUAAUCUUUAAAAACUGCUACGCUACUUUAUAGUCAACUUCCAUUAGUA